CGAAGCCAUGCUGCGUGGCAUGGGGGCUCACGCCAUACAAGAUGCCAGAGAACAGUUUCUUGAUGACGAGCCUAUGGUCUAUGUGUCAAGGUACAGCAGGAGUGAGAUCAAGAAGCAGAGAGAAGCGCUGCCUAUUUUUCCCUACAAAGACAGAAUCGUCAAGAUAGUGCGGGAGAACCAGACCGUGGUGCUGACAGGCGAGACAGGUUCAGGCAAGUCGACUCAGAUCGUGCAAUACUUGCAUGAAGCGGGCAUUGCAAAGGGAGGUACGAUUGGCUGCACUGAGCCUCGGAGGGUGGCUGCCAUGUCUCUGGCUCGCAGGGUUGCUGAUGAAGUCGAUUGCCAACUGGGCACAAAGGUCGGCUAUUGCAUCCGGUUUGAAGACUGCACCGCGCCAGAAACAGUCAUCAAGUACAUGACUGACGGAAUGCUUCUAAGCGAAGCAGCCAGGGACAAUCUACUGGAGAACUACUCGAUCAUUGUCCUGGACGAAGCCCAUGAACGGUCCAUACAUACCGAUGUCCUCUUCGGCGUUCUCAAAGCGAUUGCCAAACGAAGGUCGGACCUGAAGAUCAUUGUCACAUCAGCGACCAUAGAUGUCACCAAGUUCUCGAAAUACUUCCUGAAUGCUCCCAUCAUCACAAUACCGGGGCGGCUCUUUCCUGUGGAGAUUUUCUACAACGAUGACCCCAAGCUCGACUACUACGAAGCCUCAAUUCGAAGAGUGCUUACCAUACACAGAACACAGCCUAAAGGAGACAUUCUUCUCUUCCUGUCUGGGCAAGAAGAGAUAGAAAAUGCCUCCGACAUAAUCGAACAGAUGUCUCGAGCCACACGAGAAGCCCUUGAACUGAUGGUGCUUCCGCUGUACAGUGCACUUCCAAGCAACAUGCAGGCCAAGGUGUUUGAACCAACGCCAGAAGGUUACAGGAAGGUUGUUGUGGCAACCAAUGUAGCAGAAACAUCUCUCACCGUCGACGGGGUGGUCUACGUGGUGGAUUCAGGUGUAGUGAAAGAGAAGACAUAUGAUCCCCGCACGGGCAUCGAGUCCCUGAGCGUCUCAUCCAUUUCUCAGACACAAGCGAACCAGCGAUCAGGGAGAGCGGGAAGGACAGCACCAGGCAAGGCAUACAGGAUGUACUCUAAGGCCGUAUACGACAAGAUGAAACCCACACAAGAUCCGGAGAUCAUCCGCAACGAACUCGCUUCUACCAUCCUGCAACUCAAGGCCCUCGGUGUUCACGACAUUAUGAAGUUUGACUACAUGGAUGCCCCGGAUCGUCAGGCCCUUCAAAGAGGAAUCAGAAGCCUUCAGCUCCUGGAAGCACUGAAUAAAGAAGAGAUUCUGACCGAACUGGGAAGGCAGAUGACGCAGUAUCCAGUGGAACCGCCGCUCGCCAAGCUGCUGAUAAAAUCGCUCGAACUGGGCUGCAGCGAAGAGAUCCUCACCAUAACCGCUAUGCUGUCUGCGCAGCACAUAUUUUCCCGUCCAAAGAAGAAACACCAGGAAGCAGACGCAAAGAAAUUGCAGUUCGACGUUCCUGGCAGUGAUCAUUUGACUCUGCUCAAAGUGUACAAUAUGUGGGUCGACAUGAACAUGAGCAGGCAGUGGUGCUACGACAACUUCAUUCAACACCGUCGCUUGCAGCAGGCAAGGUUCGUGAGGAACCAAUUGUACUCGGUGUUAACAAGGAUUUUCAUGAUCACUCGCACGAAACACGCAAUUCCUGGGAUAUCCCUCGACACUUUCAUCCUGAGUGUCAGCUGGGUAGACUUCCCGGAGGUGACCUGGACACCUCUGGGAAAGUUCCGGGGUCUCUGA